CAUCUACUCAGCAGGUAAACUACACCAUGGCGGCGAGAGGCCAUGUGCAAGAUCCAAACGACAGGAGGCUCAGACCUAUAUACGAUUACCUUGACAAUGGCAAUAAUAAAAUGGCGAUACAACAGGCAGAUAAACUGCUGAAGAAACAUAAGGACCUGCACUGUGCCAAGGUCCUGAAGGCGAUUGGCCUUCAGAGGACCGGAAAGCAGGAUGAAGCUUUCACUUUAGCCCAGGAAGUGGCCACUCUCGAGCCCACUGAUGACAACUCACUUCAAGCUCUGACUAUACUAUACAGAGAGAUGCAUCGUCCUGAGUUGGUCACCAAGCUGUAUGAGGCUGCAGUGAAGAAGGUUCCUCUAAGCGAAGAGUAUCACUCUCACCUCUUCAUGGCGUACGCUCGUGUGGGAGAAUACAAAAAGAUGCAGCAGGCAGGAAUGGCCUUGUAUAAAAUUGUCCCCAAGAAUCCCUAUUACUUCUGGUCGGUCAUGAGUCUUGUGAUGCAGGCAAUCUCAGCCCAAGAUGAAAAGUUGGCUCAGACCAUGUUCCUGCCUCUGGCUGAACGCAUGGUGGAAAAAAUGGUCAAGGAGGAGAAGAUUGAAGCAGAAGCAGAGGUGCAACUGUAUUUUAUGAUCCUAGAGCGCUUGGGGAAAUGUGUAGAGGCCCUUGAAGUGAUCCGGGGCCCACUUGGGGAGAAGCUGACCAGUGAGCUGCAGAGCAGAGAAAACAAGUGUAUGAUGCUGUACAAGCGACUGCAACGCUGGCCAGAGUGCAACGCUUUGGCCCACAAACUGCUACUUAAAAAUCCUGAUGAUUGGCAGUUCUACCCAGCUUACUUUGACUCUCUCUUUCACUUGGUGGAUCAGUCGUGGAGCCCGCCAGAAGAAGGAGAACACUGUUCAGAGGGUUCAGUACAUCACACUGUGGCUGAGGUGGUGAGGUUUGUGGAGGAGAGGAUUAAGGGGGAGGACAGCAAAGAGUCCCGCUCACUCAGAGGGCCUUACUUGGCUCGUCUUGAAUUAAUGCACAGACUGAGAGAAAGAGGCUGUCCUGAGGAAAGCCUACUAGGUGAGCCUUUAGAGUUAAUGGUGCAAUUCUUCAACAAGUUUGGAGACAAGCCCUGCUGCAUCACUGACCUAAAAAUAUACCUACACCUGCUGUCUCCUGAGCAGCACGUUCAGUUCAUUAAUCGUCUGAGUGAGGCAGUUCCACUGGGCAACCAGGAAGAGGAAGGAUUUGCUUUUCCAGAGGACACCAAAGCGCUGCAGAGGCAUUUGUGUGUGUGUCAGCUAAGCCGUGCACUAGGACUGCAUCAUUCCCUCGACGUGGAUGGCAAACUUCAUCUUAUCACAGAGCUUAAGGCUCACUAUCAUCAUGGGCUUAAGUUUGGAAAGAACGCUCUAAAGACGGAGCUGCAGUUUUCUGAUAUGUAUUGUCUCAUGGCCGCUCAUGUAUACAUUGACUUAUGGACAGAGACCGGAGAUGAGGACAUGAUGUGGCAGUGUUUGGGUCUCCUCCAGGAGGGACUAUUUCACAGUCCUUCCAAUGCCCAGUUCAAGCUGCUGUUACUGCUUCUGUACUGUCGACUGGGAGCAUUUGAGCCUGUAGUGGACCUUUACUCAAGCCUGGAUGCCAAGCAUGUACAGCAUGACACCAUAGGUUUUCUGUUAACGCGCUAUGCUGAGUCACUGGGUCAGUUUGCUGCAGCCUCCCAGUCCUGUAAUUUCUCCCUCAGGUUUUUCCACUCAAACCAGAAAGAUACCUCAGAGUAUAUCAUCCAGGCAUAUAAGUAUGGAGCGUUUGAGAAAAUCCCAGAGUUCAUUGCUCUCAGGAACAGGUUAAACCAGUCGCUGCACUUUGCCCAGGUCCGCACUGAGAGGAUGCUGCUCGACCUCUUCCUUGAGGCUGAUAUUGUCUUGAGUCUGGAAGAGAGUGUGAAGGCCAUGUCUUUGUCUGCAGAAGAGGAUGACAUCCCCUGGGAUAGUAUGAGGGACAACAGAGACCUAACUGUUUUUACGUGCUGGGAUCCUAAAGACAGACAGCUAACAGACGAACACCGACGUCAGUCUCUAGAGGAAGAGUCCAUGUGGCUCAGAAUACGUUCUCUAACCCUUCGCCUCCUCGCCUCAUUGGCUGCGUUGGGACAUAUGCCCUCACAGCAAAACUCUGAGAUAUCCAAUGAGAACGGAGUGGGAGACAAAACCUCAAUUCUCAGCAGCCUGCUCUCCCAGCUGAACCAGACUCUACAGACAGCAGCUCAGAUGGCAGAAAAACGCAUACAGUAUCCGUUCCUGGGACCGCCCUCGACCCGUCUGGUCCUAGCUUUGUCCAGUGGAAGCUGUCAGUGUCAGGCUGCAGCCCUGCAGUUGUCUGUCCACCUACAUGAGCUGGAGACGGCUGGACAUGAUGAGUCAUCAGAGCUUCAGACACAGAUCUGUAACGGUUUCAAAUCAAUAGUAGUUCAGCUUCAAGAAAUCCUGAAUAAAUGUAAAGGAGAUUUAUUGGAAAUGAAAGAAGGCAAAUUAAAAACCCAGCCGUCCUUAUUAGAAAACCUAGUCUUCUUUGUUGAGACCAUGUGCAUAGUCCUGUGGAUGGCUAGUUACUGUGCCAAGAUCCUUCGACCACUAAAGACAAGUUUACAGAAAAAGAAAAAGAAGAAAAAGGAUGCAAACACAGCUCUGCCAGUGGUGAUGUGUGGCUUCCAGGAGCUGACAGGGAACUUGCAAGACCUGCUGACACAGGCCAUGGAGCAUAUAAAGGGCCAAGAGACUGCCAUGACAGCACUUAAAUUGGCCACUUUAACCUUGGAAGGAUACACACAGGAGGAGGCGUCGUUUACGAAAGCUGCUACGGACAAGGUGCAGAGCAGUUACCUGCGCUCCCUACAGGAGGUGGGAGAUCUGCUCAAGAAGAGAACAGAAACUAUAAAGAACCUCAAGAUAUGAACGCCAUCACGCAUGUCCAGAAUAACUCGCCCUCGACCAUCACCCCUAAAUGUCCCACACCACCAUCUACCGUCAGCCCACCAACUAUCCUAUGAAUCCUUCCCUCUUCACUGAUGAUGAAAGUUCCCGAGCCUCCCAUGCUCACAGUCAUUUCUGACCUUGAAAUUCUCACUCGGCGUUUGUGAGUUUUUGGAUGUCUUUUUCUUUUCUUAUUUCUUUUUCCUUCAACACACACCUCUGGAACAUUUGCAACUCUUAUAGCACAUAAGCUUGUAAUUAAAUUCAUGAAUUUAUACAACAGUUCUAAGUAACAAUGAGGAAAAGAGACAUGUUCCUUUUAAAAAAAAAAAUAUAUAUAUAUAUAGAUCAGAUUAGUGAAUAUGAAGUUUUAGAACAGCUAAUCUAAUAAAUUAUUGUACAUAAUAAAGAGCAACAACCACAACUCCGUGACUAAAUGAGAAUAUAAGACACAAUAAACCACUAUCUGUGUGUUGGUCA